CUCCCGCGUGGGAUCGCGUGGACCUGGUGCGAGUUUCCGAGAGCGAGGAUUGCAGGACUGGCCUGAGCCAGAGCCCGCGGACUCUCCUAGGCUGGCCCCUGCUCGCAAACUGCCCACCUCAUUCCCGGGCCAGCCAGCGGUAUCAACAGGGCUAUCGAGCAAGAGGUUUGGGCUACCGCUGCCCUCUCCAGAGAGCCUGCAGCUCCCAGCUCCUUGCGGCUGCUCCAGCCCACGGCUGUCACCACCAAUCUCCGCAAUUCCUUCUUCCUCACACUCAUUCCUGGGGGAGCAAUCGGGUGCGCGAUGCACAAGGACCAAGGGAAAACAGGAGGGGUCAAAGGCUAUUUUCCAAAGCGCCAUCUUCAUGUCCUGGGUUGCACCACGCUGCUGUGCUUCAGCUUUGGCUACAUUUGAUUUAUUGCAGGUAUGUGUCCAGUGGUACCUCAAGCAAGGUUUCCGACACAACGAGCAGUAAUACCCAGGACUUUCACAAUAUAAAGCAACCAAGCAACCAUACCCUGGAAGAUUUACUACAAAUUGAAUUACCAAGAAUGAUUUACACAAAGCCACAGAUUCUAAAGCCACCGAGAUGUGACGUCCUUAUGAUGACUCCAUGGUUUGCUCCAAUAGUUUGGGAAGGGACCUAUAACUCCGAGAUCCUGAAUGAGCAGUUCCGACAAAGGAAUGUCACUGUUGGACUGACAGUGUUUGCUAUCAAAAAGUAUGUAGUCUUCCUCAAGACGUUUUUAGAAACUGCAGAGACGUACUUUAUGGUUGGACAUAGGGUGAACUAUUACAUUUUCACAGACAGACCAGAAGAAGUUCCUAAAGUUGCGCUCAAAGAAGGAAGGAACGUAGUGGUUCUGCAAGUCCAAAACUACCCUAGGUGGCAAGAAAUCUCUAUGCGACGAAUGGAAAUGCUCAGCUACUUCUCUCAGCAGCGGUUCAUUAAUGAGGUCAGCUACCUUGUGUGUGUUGAUGUAGACAUGAAGUUUAAUGACCAAGUUGGAGUGGAGAUCCUGAGCGACUUGUUUGGCACACUACACCCAGUUUUCUACGCCGCAGAGCGUCGGUCUUUCACCUAUGAACGACGACCUGCUUCUCAAGCUUAUGUGCCCAGCGAUGAGGGUGACUUCUACUAUAUGGCAUCCAUUUUUGGAGGAACAGUAAUGGAGGUUUAUAAGCUGACCAAGCAAUGCCAUGAAGCCAUCAUGGUGGACAAAGCCAAUGGAAUUGAGGCAAUCUGGCAAGAAGAGAGUCACUUAAACAAGUAUUUUCUUUACCACAAACCAACCAAAAUACUUUCUCCAGAAUACAUGUGGGACGACAAUCUAGGUAGGCCAGAGAUCCUUAAGAAAAGAAGGUUUCUUGCUGUACGAAAGAAUCAUGCUGCAAUCAGAAAUAAAUGAAGGUAAUCUCAGUUUGCACUAAGCCCAGUCAAACAUAACUGAUAUUGUAGGUUUCCUUGGUUGAUGAAAA